UAUAACGUGAAUAAUAUGUUCACUUAUUAUCGACUUUGCAGUACGAGCUUGAAACCUUCGGAGGUGAUCGAUAUAUGUGACCAAUUCGACAAAAAUUCGAUAAACCUAAUGGAAAAGGGGAUUUUAAAAACUUAUCCAAAUACAUACGCAUUUAGUAAGAAUUUAGCAGAGCAGAUUGUAGCAAGCAAGUGCAAAGAUCUGCCAGUUGCGAUAGUACGGCCAAGCAUAGUUGGUGCCUCUUUGCAAGAACCAUGUCCUGGUUGGAUAGAGAAUAUUUCUGCAUUAACAAGUACCAUUGUGCUAAUCGGCAGAGGAUGUGCAACAGCGAUACGAGGUAUAAGAGAGGCAAGAUUGGAUGUAGUGCCUGUCGAUUUCGUAGUCGACAUGAUAAUAUGUACAGCAUGGCAUGUCACGCUACAUCGUGAUCGUGAAGUUAAAGUAUACAACUGCACGAGUAACGCAUGCCCUUUUAAGUGGGGUCCGAUGAUAGAUGCUAUAGUAAAAUGUAGCAUAGAAAUGCCAAUAAACGAUACGCUAUGGUACCCAGGAUGUUCAGUUGUAGCUAAUAGGUAUAUUUACCACGUUCUGUGUGUAAUUCCGCGUAUUUUGCCUGCGGUCGUCAUAGAUAUCUUUUUAAGACUUCGAGGUAGUAAACCAAUAAUGAUGAAACUUUUAAAAAAUUGCAACAAGCUGUUCACAUCGGUAAAAUAUUUCACCACGCACGAAUGGACUUUCCAAAGGGAUAACUGUUCUGACUUAGUGAGAAAAGUGAAAAUGUUGAACGACGGCGAUAUGGUCAAACUAGAUUUACGGGCUAUGAAUUGGGAGAAGUAUGUUGCAAUUUACCAAAUGGGAGUUAGGAAAUUUAUUCUGAAACAAGAGUUUAAGUCAGCAGCCCGACAACGGUUAUCAAGGUUGUACUGGAUACACCAGAUCACUAAAAUGUCCGGUAUAAUGAUCUUACUAUGGAUAGUAUACCGUAUCGUGUACUGACUAUUCGAACCUUAUUUUUUCUGUUUAAACCAAAGGAAUAUAAAUACAAUCUUAUGAAGAAG